AUGGAGGAACCUGAAGAACUGAUGGACCAAGGGCAGCCACUGCCUCCAGUUUACAUCUACAGCCCUGAGUAUGUCAGGAUAUGUGACUCCUUGGUCAAAGUCCCCAAACGGGCCAGUAUGGUUCACUCUCUGAUUGAAGCAUAUGCACUGCAUAAGCAAAUGAGGAUUGUUAAGCCAAAAGUGGCCUCCAUGGAGGAGAUGGCCACCUUCCAUACAGAUGCCUAUCUGCAGCAUCUCCAGAAAGUCAGCCAAGAAGGAGAUGAUGAUCAUCCUGACUCCAUAGAAUAUGGGCUAGGUUAUGACUGCCCAGCCACUGAAGGGAUAUUUGACUAUGCAGCAGCUGUAGGAGGGGCUACAAUCACAGCUGCUCAGUGCCUGAUUGAUGAAAACUGCAAAGUCGCAAUUAACUGGUCUGGAGGAUGGCACCAUGCAAAGAAGUAAGAAAAUAACCUUUCUGGUUUCUGGCUUUACUUAAGUAAAUUUUCAGUUAUAUAAACUUAUAUGCUUAUUUUGUUGACUUUUGUUGUGAGAUUUGUGUAUAUGU